AUGGAAGACAAGAGUCGCCAUAAGGGUCGUGUCAAGUUUUUCAAUUCGACAAAAGGGUUUGGGUUCAUUUUACCCGAUGCAAAGGAGGAGAACGACGCUAUUGAAGAAGUAUUUGUACAUCAUACAGCAAUCCAUAACGAUGGUGGAUUCAAGAGCUUAGCAGAGGGUGAAGAGGUCGAGUAUGAUCUCGUGCAAGGGCCAAAAGGUAUGCAAGCGUCCAAUGUAACUGGCCCUCAAGGCGUAUCAGUGCAAGGAGAUCCCAGAGCUCAGCGUCAAUACUAUCCCAAUCAUCACGGCUAUCGUAGCAACCACAAUAAUAGAGGAGGACCAAGUGGUGGAGGACCUUACAAUGCUGGAGGCUUUAUGAUAGAUCCCUAUGCGUCACCUUUUGGUUAUGGCGCGUUGCAAGGAUAUCCAUACAUGCAGCAACAACCAAUGCAUUAUUCACAGUAUGGCAGCAGCCCUGCUGCUGCUGGUGGAUUCUCUGCUGCCACCAGCUCCCUAUCACCACAACUGCAGCCACAACAAUUCAAUGGGUAUAUGAUGUAUCCCUCUCAUCGUAAUGCGGGUGCAGCAAAUCAACCUCAAUUUUACGAUAAUAAUGGCAUGACCUCCUCCAUUUCGCCACCUCAGCAACAUCAGCAGCAGCAGCAGCAGCAACAACAACAAACAAUAGCAACGCCUCCUCAUCCUCCUCCUCAACACCAAGAUUUCUCAACAUCUAACAACAACAAGGAUGAAAAUUAA